AAAGUGUUAUUUUUACAUCUCUCCACCUCUAGAGAGAUAUAGAAAUAAAGAGAGAAAAAAUAAUUUUACGUUGACACUUAUUUCACCUUUACCUUUACCUUUAGAGGGAGAUAUGAAGAGAAGUGACAUAAGUAGAGAUAUAAUAGGUGGUGUGGUAGAGAUAUAAUAGGUGGUGUGAUAGGAAAAGAAGAGGGAUAGAAAGAAAAAAUAGGUGGAAGUGAGAUGGAAGAAAUAGAGGUGUGAAUAUAUCAAAGUUUGAGAAAAAAAUAAGUGAUAUGAUGUGAUGUGAUAGAAAAUAUAUGAGAGAUAUAAAAUGAAAAAUAAGUGAAAAUAAUAUGUAAGAGAAAAAAAAUGUGAAUAAAAGUUCAUUAUUCGGGCCUCGAAGUUUUUAAGGAUGAUAUAAAAUCAUUUUACUUAUUAAAUGAAAGUUCAUUAUUUCAAGCACCAAUUUUUUUUAGAAGAAGUUCCAAUACAGAUGAGCUUUGUCUUGUUCAAUAAAUGUAACGGCCAUUCCACAAGAUUUGACAAAUCUGCAGAUCCAGAGGCCUCUAUAUAUUAUUGUAACCCUCUCAAAUCUCAAUUUCCCUGUGGAAGCCUCAGCAUCAAUAUUCAAUAGCCAUGGACUACUUGAAAUUCAUCCCACUAAUUUCCUUUGUAUAUGCAUGCAUCCACAUCCUGUUCUCUAGCCUUAGCAGCAAAAACACAAAAUGUCCCAAACUCCCACCAGGGCCUCCCUGUUAUCCUAUAAUUGGAAACAUAUUGCAACUUGGCACAUUCAAGCUGCACCAAGCACUCACCAAACUCUCCAAAAAAUAUGGACCUAUUAUGACUGUUAGAAUAGGCACCAUCACCACUGUGGUAAUUUCCUCCCCAACCAUAGCCAAAGCAGCACUUCACAAACAUGACCAAGACUUAGCUAACAGAUUAAUACCAGAUUCUGUCCAAGCACUUUCCCAUGACAAAGCCUCUCUAAUCUUCAUGCCUGUAUCAGCAAAGUGGAAAAUCUAUAGAAAAAUCUGUGCCACCACAAUCUUCUCUUCUCAGAAGCUUGAUUCUACUCAAUCCCUUCGCCGCGAAAAGCUAAGAGAACUGCUUGCUUACUUGCAAGAAUGUUGCAAGAAGGGUGAAGCUAUUGAUAUUGGUGAGACUGCAUUCACCACAGUGCUUAACUCAAUAUCAAACACCCUUUUUUCCACUGACAUGGCUAGCUACACCUCUGGUUCUUCCCAAAAAUUUAGGAAUGUAAUUUCCUUGAUGCUUGCGGAAGCUACAAAGCCGAACAUUGCAGAUUAUUAUACAGUCUUGCGUUGCUUUGAUCCGCAGGGUGCGCGCCGGAGGAUGGAAAACUAUUACCAGACCUUGUUUACACUUUUUGAGUCCAUCAUUGAAGAAAGAAUUCAACAGAAAGAUUCUACUGAAGGGGACGUGUUGGACUCAUUUCUCAAUAUCACCAGAGAGGAAAACUCUGAAAUAACACGCCAUGAUGUGUUGCAUCUAUUUCUGGACUUAUUUGUUGCCGGGAUAGACACAACAUCAGCCACAAUAGAAUGGACUAUGGCAGAGUUGCUACACAACCCAGACAAAUUGAUGAAAACUAGGAAGGAACUUCAACAAGUCCUUGGGAAAAAUGGAGAACCUAAAGAUUCAGAUAUCACUAAGCUCCCUUACCUACAGGCAGUUGUGAAAGAAACCCUUAGAUUGCACCCAUCAGCCCCUAUACUAGUCCACAAAUCAGUGGCUGAGGUAGACAUGUGUGGCUUCAGGGUACCCAAUGAUGCACAAGUUCUGAUUAAUGUGUGGAGCAUGGGACAUGACUCAAGAAUUUGGACUGACCCAAAUUUGUUUCUACCUGAAAGGUUUUUAGAAAAUGAAGAGGAUUUCAGAGGAGAAGAUUUGGGAUUCAUCCCUUUUGGAGCUGGUAGAAGAAUGUGUCCUGGUAUUCCACUUGCCUACAGAGUUGUUCAUACCAUGCUCGCAACACUCCUGUACCAUUUUGAUUGGAAGUUAGCAGAUGGGCAAAAACCAGAAGCCAUGGACAUGGAAGAAAAAUUUGGCAUUACAUUACACAAGGUCAAGCCUCUCAUGGCUAUUCCAGUCAAAGAAUAGCAAAUAUGUAUAUUGAUAUGUGUGGUUAAAAAGAUGGAGUUUUAUUAAGUAGAAGCACCAGAAUUAUCAGGUCUUAAUGAUAUUGGGAUCUAGGACUAAAUGUAUGUAAGAAAUAAACCAGAAAAAUAUGGAAGAGUUACUUUAAUUACUUUC